UGUAACCAACCGUUCCUCAAUCUCUGGCAAGCGGCAGAGAGACGAGGAGACCGGGCGCCGUAACCAUGAACUGCUUUAAGACCUAGCAGAAACCUCUCCAACCGGAGACAUUCAACCUAAGACAUCUACAUGACAAGGCGAAGCGCAAGAACAACAAUCAUGCAGUACAAAUACAGGAGAAUCUAAGAGCCAAGGUUGGAUCGCUCGUUCAUUCCACAUCUCUUGACGCAGAUCAGCUGGCGUAGCAGCCGGGUGGGGAGUCCGCAUGAUGUCCGUGGAGGAACAGCGAUAUUCCGACGCUAUGCGGCUCACGGAGGCCGGCCCGGAGGGGUUGUGCGGGGAGAUGGAGCGUCUUUCCCGGGAGUUGAGUGAGACCACGAAAGAGAAGAUCCAGGCUGCCGAAUACGGGCUAGUGGUGCUGGAGGAGAAGCAGCAACUCAAACAGCAGUAUGAUGAUCUGGAGGUCGAAUACGAGACUGUGCGACAGGAGCUCGACCUGCUUAAGGAGGCCUUCGGACAAGCCUACUCCAACCACAGAAAGGUGGCCGCGGACGGGGAGAGCCGUGAGGAGUCCCUGAUCCAGGAGUCUGCCUCUAAGGAAGCCUACUAUGAGCAGAGGGUCCUGGAGCUGCAGACGGAGGUCCGGCAGUCACGCAACAUCUUGACCAACACGCAGUCUGAGAACGAACGGCUGGCCUCCAUCAACCUGGAGAUGAGAGAGAGCUACCAGGGGGACGAGCUGGAGAGGGUCCGGCUCCGGGAUGACGUCAAGGAGUACAAGUUCCGGGAGGCGCGGCUGCUGCAGGACUACACAGAGCUGGAGGAGGAGAACAUCUCCCUGCAGAAGCAGGUGUCCAUGCUGAAGCAGACCCAGGUGGAGUUCGAGGGCCUGAAGCACGAGAUCCGGCGUCUGGAGGAGGACACUCAGUUCCUGAACAGCCAGCUGGAGGACGCGGUGCGCCUGAAGGAGAUCGCCGAGCGGCAGCUGGGGGAGGCCCUGGAGACCAUCAAGACGGAGCGCGAGCUCAAGGCCUCCCUGAGGAAGGAGCUGUCCCACUACAUGACCAUCGGGGACUCCCUCUACCACAGCCCGCUCAACAUCUCUCUGGACGGCCUGAAGUUCAGCGACGACUCCGGCAUCGAGCCCAACAACGACGACGCCCUCAGCGCCUACGAGAACGGCUUCAGCAAGCUGGCCCAGGCCAUCGCCGAGGACAACCGCGACUCUGCGCCCAACAAGGAGGACCUGUUCCGCCCGGCGCCGAGCCUGGUGGACGACCUGCUGAGCGAACUCAACAUCUCCGAGAUCCAGAAGCUCAAACAGCAGCUGCUGCAGAUGGAGCGCGAGAAGGUGAACCUGCUGGGCAACCUGCAGGAAUCCCAGAAGCAGCUGGAGCAGGCCAACGGGGCCCUGUCAGAGCACCAGGAGAAGGUGGGCCGCCUCACGGAGAACCUGGCCGCCAUGCGCAAGCUGCAGGCCAGCAAGGAGCGGCAGUCGGCCCUGGACAACGAGAAGGAGCGCGACAGCAACGAGGACGGAGACUACUACGAGGUGGACAUCAACGGGCCCGAGAUCCUGGAGUGCAAGUACAAGGUUGCUCUGUCGGAGGCCGGGGAGCUGAAGGAGGAGCUGAAGACUCUGAAGGCCGAGUACCAGGCCUGCCAGUCCCGCUACGAGGAUGACCGCAGCCGCCUGGAGAUCGACGUCACCACGCUGGGCGGGAAGCUGGCCUGCCUGGAGAAGAUCAGCCUGGUGGACCGGCAGGAGAAGAACAGGCUGGAGAAGGAGCUGCGCAAGGUGAGCGACGUGGCCGGCGAAUCCCAGGGCAGCCUGAGCGUGGCCCAGGACGAGCUGGUCACCUUCAGCGAGGAGCUGGCCACCCUCUACAACCACGUGUGCAUGUGCAACAACGAGACGCCCAACCGCGUCAUGCUGGACUUCUACAAGCAGGGCAAGGGCGGCCGCAGCAGCCCCGAGGGACGCGGCCGCCGCUCGCCCAUCCUGCUCACCAAGGGCCUGUUCCCCGCCGACCUCGGGGACUCGGUCUCCCCGCCCUCCCUGCCCUCCCCGCCGGCGUCGGACUCCCGGCGCGAGCCCAUGAACGUCUACAACCUGGUAGCCAUCAUCCGCGACCAGAUCAAGCACCUGCAGAUGGCGGUGGACCGCACCACGGAGCUGUCCCGGCAGCGCGUGGCCUCCCUGGAGCUGGGCACCGUGGCCGACAAGGACAAGGAGGCCUGCAUGGGGGAGAUCCUGAAGCUCAAGUCCCUGCUGAGCACCAAGAGGGAGCAGAUCGCCACGCUCCGCACGGUGCUGAAGGCCAACAAGCAGACAGCAGAGGUGGCUCUGACCAACCUGAAGAGCAAGUAUGAGAACGAGAAGGCCAUGGUGACAGAGACGGUGAUGAAGCUGAGGAACGAGCUGAAGACCCUCAAAGAGGACGCCGCCACCUUCUCCUCUCUCAGAGCCAUGUUCGCCACACGCUGUGACGAGUACGUCACGCAGCUGGACGCCAUGCAGCGGCAGCUGUCGGCGGCCGAGGACGAGAAGAAGACCCUCAACUCCCUGCUGCGUAUGGCCAUCCAGCAGAAGCUGGCGCUCACGCAGCGGCUGGAGGACCUGGAGUUCGACCACGAGCAGACCCGCCGCGGGGGCGCCGCCAGCCGGGCCAAGGGCCGCGGGCGGGCGGCAGCCGCUGCCGCCGCCGCCACCGCCACCUCUGGGGCCGCCACGCCCAAUCCCCCCCACGUAAGUCAGAGCCUCACCUGCGCCGGCUCUGGCCGCCCAGAGAUCAGCAACGUCCUGCCCAACGGCAUCAUGGGAGGCCCCGUGGUCUUCUGCAGCGAGAAGUACAAGAUCUACUGCGACUGAGGACUGGGAGACCGGGUGUCUGAUAGGACCCCCCUCAACGGGACCGCUGUGUACAGAGGGGGGGAGGGGGUCACCUCCCUCCCCCCUGGCUUUAGUGAAUAAAAGCCCCACUCGCUUGCUUGUUCGUCCGCCCCUCUGGGCGUGUCUAGCCUCCCCGUGCUUACCGGCUGCUCGUUGCCUGUUGGUGUAUCCGCUACAGGGGGAAUGCAGGUGUGUGUACAGUGUGUGUGCUAGGUGUCGGACGGGGCGGGGGCGGUACACAUUUCGGUGUGUGGUAUAUAAGGAGUGUGCCCCCCUGUGGUCGUAGUCGGGAUGGUUUUUGUGGAUAUUAUUGGGUGUCUAUACUUCGCCACCGUCCUGGUGUCCGUGCGUAGGGUGUAAAACGGUGGCCCGCUUUGUGCGUAGGUGUCUUCCGAGCCCCCUCCCUGUACCGCCGGGUCACUGUCAUGCGGUCAAGGCUGUGGGGGGAGGGGGCGGGGGAUAUGUGAAGGGGGCGUCACGCUCUCGGCCUUGGUUCAGAGUGUGACGUCUUCUACCCUUAGGCUUGUCUGCUGGCGAGGGUGCUCCUUGAUGAAACGACCCCCCGUUACCUUCUCGGUGUCCUGGCCAAUCCCCAGGACCCGCAUGUUGCCCCGGCAACCCACUGUCCAAUCAGGUCACUGAUUAAUGUUUACAUGAACAAAAAAUAAAUAAAGGAAAAAUAUGCAAUCUCCGACGGCAAGCCCUGGCCCUGGGAGCAUUCUCGACCGAAAUUCAAAGUCACAAGUGGGUAAGCUGACGAAUUGCUUCAGCGGACCGGAUGAGAAGGAGCACCUGUGACCACAUAUAGUUUUUAUAUUUUAUUUUGUAAUCACGGGAUUGUUUUUAAUAUGCUUGUACACCAAUUUGGUAGUGAUGAUGAUCAGUACUAGAAAUUGCAUGGCUUUGCAGCUGAAAUGCUCAUAAGCUUUUUUUUAUUUAUUUUUCCAACAGUGUAUCUGUGUUCAGACGUGUGAUCUAAACCCAUGUGCUACAGGGCUCUACAUUGUAAAGAACAGACAGGUUAUUCGGUUGUCGGUUGGAACCCAGGCAGGCUUCUCCCUGCCUGGACUAUGGCUUCUGACGAAUCGGUCUCCAUAGCUAAAUUCAAGUGCGCUUGGUCAGAGGUCCCCCAGGUUCCCUGGUCGCGAUAUAGACGAUAUCUGGAUUGCUGUGAAACAGAUAAACAAGUUUUUGUUGAAAAUGCAGGUUUUUUUGUUUUGUUUUCUUUACACAAAUUUAAUGAAAUGCAAAUCCUAAAAGAGCACAAAUCCAAACGAUUUUGGAUCCUAAAUCUGCUAACGGGGAAAAAAAAACGACCAUCGUCAGACACGAGUCAAAGUGCCUGCCGACCCGAAUCACCUGAAAUAUAUAUUUAUCUACAUUUAUGUAACGCCCUGUCCACCUGAUGAUGUAAUACACCGUCCCUUCUCCCCAUUAGCCUUGGAAGCUGACCUUAAAGCUCUGAUAUCAUGUGUGUGUUGAUGUGGUUUGAAAACACACACGCCUGGUGUCUCUAACCUUUGUCUUGUCACUUGUUCGCCCCCAUAUGACUCUUUUUACAGAUUGUCAGACGCUUGUUCACCACACAUCGCCACUCACCCUUUAACUAAAAAAAGAGGGAUUGUGGGGAAUCUUUUAUGUCAGGUAACGUCCUCACGCACACGCAUUGCAUACAUCUUGCUUGUGUGUGUGUGUGUGUGUGUGUGCGUGUGUGUGUGUGUGUGUGUGUGUCUCAUAAUCUUCAGCAUUGUGACCCUUGUUUGUAUAUAUUUUCACAAAGAGGGGUCCCUUUGUUUCUGGGUGUGUGAGGAUAAACCUAUGUACUGUCUUAGUAUCUAAAAUAGCUUUAAACCCUUGCGCAUAUACAAAGAACCAAUACGAGUGGGGCUUGUAUAGAUAAUUCAAAGUACUGCUUGUGGAUCAUAAACACAUAGGCUUUAUGAUGCAAAAAAGCAGGGUUGAUGUACGGAGAUCCUGCAAGAUGAAUCAAAGUGUUUGCUUUUUUCUAACUAUACCGAGUACGAAUAAAUCCCCAAUUAUAUUCUUGAUACGACCGCGUUCAGGUUAGGAUCUUGCAGGAUCGCUCUGCAGUAUUUCUUCCUCUCAGGGACAUAGGGAGGGAGCUUGUUUCUAUUGCAGAAAACGUAAGGCGCCAACCCUGCUUAAGAGCACAUCCAUAGGUAACAGGCACGCAGUGUAGAGACGGACACAGCUAUUCCACCAUACAGAGUGAAAGGCUAAGGGGAAGAGAAGUUCCUCUGGAGGUCCAUGUUCACUCACUCUUUUCUAAUUUAGUUAUUCAUUUUAAUGAACUUUCAAGAGUGACAUAUUGGGUUUCUUUUUCUUUUGCGUAAAUAUUUCUUGAAAGCGGAGGGAUGAAAACUUUCCGAGGAGCUCCGGGAGCAGGGAGCUAGAGAAGGAGGCUAGUGAAGAAAUCUAGCAUAAGAAACUAAACAUGCUAGCACAGAUAACCAGGAAUCUGGUCUUGAUCAUGGUCAUUGAGUUAGCCUUGAAUCAACUAAUUACUUUCCAAGGGACAUAGAGUCCAAAUGUUACCCCUAAAUGCUAGUAUAUGCUCUGUGGAACCACUGAGCAGUAGUUAGACCCAACAACCCAGGAUGUACUCAGAUUAUAACCUGUUAUGGAUAUAGUUUCAUACAGUUUGAAUUCAACGUCUAGCUUAUCUGUCGCCAUAACGACCUGCCACUUUAAUAUUUAAAUAAGCUCCUCCUACCUCUGUGCUAACAUGCUCCGCCCACUCGUCAAUAUGUUUUGCUGAGUUGUCGUUCUGGUACAUCGUCAGAUCUCUGAUUGAUGUCAAAUGCAUGUGAAAUACACAACUCAUUCGUUGUUGUUAUUGUUAUGAUUAUUAACCAGCACGUCACACUGGGUGAUGCCUUUCUCCUUUGCUUUGGUUGCGGGGUGAUGUUUCAACUGCCCCGGAAGUGAAUGAACGUUGUACUAGCGAGUCACUGGCUUCUUAGCGGCUUCCGCUUGGUGAUCUCGCUUGUAGUCGGCCCCACAUUUUAUGCAUCCGAUAAUAAGCUUUAUUUUAACACUGGCUCAGGGUGACUAACUCGGAUCAUGCUUUCUGUUUGCCAUGACUAACGACAAGUCACUGUGUCUUCUUUCUCGAAAGAGGUGACAAGCUCCUCCCUGUUAAACUACAGUUUUCACUAAUACUCAUAAGAGGAAGCAUGCUCACCUUAAUGAUGUGUUGUUUCUUUCUUCAUUUGUUCCAGUUAUUGCAGUAGUUCUGCCCGGAUGAGGAGGUACCGACACAAGGUCGAUUCUCACUGCUGAAUCGGUUUCGCCGAAGGUUAGCACAGCAUAGAUCAUUUGGACUUGAGGAUAUCAAGGCAACACCAGCCGAAAACCAAACGAUGAAAACAGUCAAAAAGCUAGAUUUCUAAUUGUAUUCCCCCCAUUGCUGUCUCAUUUAAGCUAUGCAAUAUGACAUGGAUGGGAAUCAAGCUAAACUUCACUUCUUUAAUUGCUGCUGCAAGAAGCCAGGAUUUCUAAGUACAAGGCUCACACUUUCCGUGGGAAAUUUAUGAGUGACUUCAAUAUUAUAAUUACCCCUCAAUUUAAAGGCAAAGGAAAACAGGUUGUUUCUCAAUGUAAUGACAACUAUUUUUUCUACUUUAAUGUUGGAUUUUAGUUUUUAUUAUUUGUAUUAUUCAGUGCACUUUCAUUAUAUAGGAAAAUGUCAUACUAUUAUUAACCAGAGAAAUUCGUAGUGGAGUGGUUUGAGUUUUUUCCCAUAUCUACACAUAGUAGGCUAUAUAUAGGAUCAUAGGCCUAUGUGACUUCUACGUUGUGAUGAGCAAACGCCUCUUGCAUAUGGGAAGGCGCCACAAACCACAACCUACUAAUUGACUUUGUCUGUGAGAAUUGUAACCAUCUAAAACGUUUAUUUUUUCCUUGGUUAUAUAUUUACACUGUCCGUUAGCCUUUAUGUUUGUUCUACUAUGAUCUCUGAUAGAAAAAGUCCAGGGUGAUCAAAUUCUGGGGUUUUUCGUGUAUUUAUUAUUCCUAGGAAUAGUUCGAAAAAUUGCGCUGAAACUUGACAACGCUCUUGAUUCAAAAGAAGGUGAGUUGUGUUUAAGGAAAGAAAAACUGUGUGACAAAAACACGCUUUUUUCCCAGCUUCUUACCGAAGGGCGUUCCACUGAACAUGGAUCACUGACCAACAGAAUUCCCUACAAGUGCAUCGAUUAAAAUUCCAAAUUGGAAUUGUUCCAUUCUCCCUUUGCUUAUCGUGCCAAAUCAUGGUACACCGUUUAGGUUGAACAGAAUCAAGAAUAUGAAAAGGGACAUUUUUUGUCAUUGGGAAAGGCUCAGUUUGGACCACGGCUCUCGCGAGGGACGUGAUACGGUUUUCUGAUUUGUUUAGUUUCUUGUUUCCAACCAGUAGUGCCUUUCAUUGUUUCAAGGGAGAAUCUUAGACUAGGAUUUUAUGUUUAUUUUUAAAGGGUUGGGUUCAAAGUAACUGUGAGCAGCAAUAAAUGCGAAGGGUCGACCCCUAUCUGCAAGAACGAAAAACAGUUUAAAUUGGCUCGAUAAAAAUAAAUUAAUUGUAGGGAAUCAUGUGGGUCAGUCGUCCAUACAAUACAUUCAGGGGUAUAUUGAGAAAAAAAAAAGUUAUGUUUUAUUUUGAUUGGUUUUCUCACACUUUGGGAACCCAAAUAAAUCCCAAUGAACAACACCCUCCAUGCAUCUGAUAUGUAUGUGUUUGGCUAUUGGAAACAUCUCUAACUCUAGCUAUGUAUGGUGAAGGUAAUGUGAUAUCAAUAGUAUUGUGGAGGAAAAUGUGAGCGCAUUUUUUCAUUCCGUCGUUCAUUAUGGUGGUAUUUUUUUAUUAUUAUUGAUCUUUUUUAUAUCAUCUUUAAGCAUUAAUGUUUUCAGGAAACAGAAAACUAAAUUAGCAUCAACAAGCUUGAACCGUGCCAUUAUAGCCAAAGCUCGCUUGUUGAGGCGUUAAAAGUUGAAAUAUGGAAAAAGAAACGUAAAAAGAUAAAGUGCAAUUCUGAUACUGUUUUACAUUUUGAAAGACCUCAAAGUUUUCUGUUUGCUGGAAGCACUAGCAUUGUGAUAAUACAUUAGCUGUGCAAACUUUAUAUUGUCAUAUUGUGUUCAGUAUUGCUCCAUAAUUGAGAGUUUGAUACCUUUUUAUAUGAAAUAACGACUUCACCUGUAUUUAUUUGAAUUGUCAUGCAGUACUGUAUUCUUAUCAAUAAUGUGCGUUAUGAUUAGUGACAUAAUGAUUACAGCUAAAUGUCAUUUGCAUGUUUUUUUCAGUUAUGGGACCUUUACACAGAAUUGUAAAACAAACGUAUAACUUUGUAAUGGGUGAGAAGAAAAAAACUAAAAUAGAUUUGAAAAGGAAAAAAAGACGAGUCUUUUGUCUCGUAUGUAUUACUGCUGAAAUACCGCUAUGAAAAGUGUUGUUUGUUUUCCAGGAGAGAUAUGGUUUGUGUAAGGGGUAGUCAUACUGGUUAAGAAAAAAAAACGAGAAAAAAAAGAAUAAAGGUAACUUAAAGUCCAGAGAUGUGUCUUGUGUGGGU